AUGGGUGAGUCUAUCGACGCUAAGCUGGAGCGCGAUGUUGUUAACCAACGAUCUCCUGAUAGCUCUCCCCGAACGGCCUCGGUGGGCUCUGGCCGUCUGGGAGCGAGACCCGCUUGCUUCGACUCCACGAUACAAGAGGUUCUAUUUGUCAUCACAUGCACCAUGGCAAUCGCAUUGAGCAGCAUGACGGCCGGCGUCGUUUCAGUCAUCACCUCCUUUGUCGGGCGCGACCUCAACAUGACGAACGCCGAAAUCACGUGGAUCUCUGCCGCGUCCAGCCUGGCGGCAGGCAGCUUUCUGCUCUUCUUUGGCAAGCUAGCCGAUCUAUUUGGUCGGAGAAGCAUGUUCGUCGUCAGCCUCUUCACGUUUUCCAUCCUUGCGCUCGGUGCUGGCUUUGCGAGAAAGCCUGUCCAACUCGACGUUCUCUGUGGGUUUAUCGGACUCAUGUCUGCCGGCGCUGUUCCCUCGGCUCAAGGAAUGCUCAGCACCGCCUACGACCAGCCCAGUAGGAGAAAGAACGCUGCAUUUGCUUGCUUUAGCUCGGGAAACCCUUUGGGCUUCGUGUUUGGCAUGCUGUCAGGUGGUAUAGCGAGUCAAAUUUUCAGCUGGAGGGCGUCGUUUUGGUUUCUCGCUCUGGUCUACUGCCUGUUCACCGUCAUUGCAGCAUUUACUAUUCCACGAGACACUGUUCCUCGCCAGCCUUUCAACACGCACACUCUUGGACGAUUCGACCUCCUGGGUGUCUUGCUUACGAUUGUCGGUACGGGUACGUUUUCUGCUGCCCUGAGUCUCGGGAGCCAAGUCGCGAACGGAUGGAAAACUGGCUACGUAAUUGCACUCUUGGUUGUUGGUGUCAUUUGCAUGGUCUCCUUCGUCAUCUGGGAGUUGUAUUGCCCUACUCCUCUGUUAGAUAUGCACAUCUUCCGCGACAGGAACUUCUCCCUGCUGCUCGCCAUUCUUCUCCUUGGAUUUAUGUCAUUCAGCAGCUCGGCCUUUUGGCUCAGCUUGUACAUUCAACGCGUCUAUCGGACGAGCUCGAUCAUGACGGCCGUGUAUCUUCUCCCAAUGGCCAUUGCGGGCCUAAUGGUCAACGUUGUUGCCGGUGCUGUUAUGCAUCGGAUUAGCAACAAGCUGUUGAUGGGCAUAGCGGCUUCUGCAUUCACUCUCGCAUAUCUUCUCUUUGCGCUUAACGCGACAAGAUAUCCAUUCUGGGCGAUGCUCUUUCUGGGACAAGUUUUUUCCGUUGUUGGGGUCGACCUGCAGUUCAAUGUCGUGAAUAUGUAUGUCAUGUCAAGCCUGCCCAAGGAUCAACAAAGCGUAGCAGGCGGCUUCUUCCAAAUGACCACCAGAUUGGUGAAUACAAUAGGCCUCGGAGUCACGACAGCCUUAUUCAGUAGCGUGGAACGAAAUCCUCCAAAAAGUGGCCUCCAUGCCGGUGAUCCUGCAGCCCCUUACUCGGCGACUUUCUGGUUUGCCACGGCCGCGUGCGGGUUGAGCUUGCUGUUGGUGCCGUGGCUGACAAUCAGAACGCAGGGCCACAGUGAAAAGAAGGAAAAUGAGGAAAUGAAUGCAGUAGCUGCGUACAAUGUCACCUUGAACCGAGAGAAAGACACCGAUGCUCACAUAUAG